UUCUCUCACUUUUAUUCUAGGUGGAGCCGUCUGGACAAAAGUUUUGCAUUUUUAUUACAAAUCUUGCAAGCGUCCGGAUCGGUAGUGUUUUUGCGAACAGUGCAAAAUUGUGAGUAAUUUUUUGUGGGUGCUAAGUGUUUUGUCAAACCCUGGCAGGUGUACAGAGUUUGGCGUUUGUGACAUAUUGUUGUUUUGAUUGAGUGCUAGUGCACUUGAAGUGAUAACCCAGAAGAAGCGGCUCUUGUUGUCAGUGCAAAGGACAGUGUUGAAUUCUGUCAAAUUUCAACUGGUGUUUGACAAAAACAGACGUAUUUUUUGUGCUGAUUGAAGUGCAUCUAUUCAAACGCUAGAAAUGGAAGAGGACAACAAAAAACCUUACAAGAUCAAAGACGUGACUCGGGCCAUCAAAAAGGCCGUCGUAGCCGGCACGCUGGACGAGGUCCGGGCAAAGGCGGCGGAAAAGUUUGGAACCACCGAGCUGCCUAACAUCCACCUGGACUCGGACGGAACGGAGGUGGACGACGAGGACUACUUCCAGACGCUGGAACCGAACGCCGAGCUGAUCGUGGUCUUCCCCGGCGAGCAGUGGAUCGAUCCAACCCACUUCGUGACAAUAACGACCCACAAGGAGUCCGGCAGCGGCGGCGACACCACGGACAGCCCCGAGGUCGAGCGGAUACACCUGAAAAAGCUGGUCGCCCAGAUGAAGUCGAACCUGUGCAACGUGUCGGUGCUGAGCGAACCCGACCUCGAACUGCUCUCCAACAUGGACCCCAACUCGGUCGCGGACAUCACCGGCCGGGACUUUAUCGAGCAACUCAAGGAAGCAUCAGGCAGAAUCCUGCAUGAAAAGCGACAGGCUCUUGACGCAAUUGAGCUGCUAAAGCUGAUCGCCAAGCAGAAGGCGUCCAUCCCGAGCGUGGUCCACAACAUCCCCGGCGGUGACCCGGCGGCCUACGACGGAAAUGGCGACGACACGGACGACGACGAAACGAGCAGCUGUUACGUGGACGAGGAGGGCAUCGAGCGCAGAAUUGGCGGCGGAGUUCGAAAUUCCGCGGCGGUGGACGACAUCGAUGGCAACGGUAUGGCGACGACGACGACGACAGCAGGUAGUGGUCAGCAGAUUACCCUAGAACUGGAUCCCCGAACACUAGCCACUAUCCAAAGCCAGCAGCAUCAACAGCUGUCACUUAGUGCUUCAACCAACCCUGCCGACCUUGAGAAUGCUUCCGGGCGGACCGAAACGUCGAACAUUUGAUAUAUGGUUUACCAUCUUAGUUUUUGCCAAAAGUAAGUUUUUGCCGCACAUUUUGGGGUUUUUUGUAUUGAAAUUUGUUGUACAAAUUGUUGUUUGUGAUUGAGCUCCGACUAGGAGUUUCGCAAGUCCCUGCAACAGGGCAAGAACCGUUUGCAGAACCGAUCGUGAUCGAACGAAAAUCAAAACAUCGUUUUACGACUAGCCAGAAAACAAAAAUCGCGUUGAAAUUCAGAGAAUGUAACAAAAAAGUAACACUGUAAAAAUAAUCUCUGCCCAAAUACGAAUUGCCUUACUUUAGUUGAGUAAUGAUUAAAUGGAAGAAACGCUCAAGUCACCACAGUUCACACACAUAUGCCAAGUCAAGCUCCAAGUCCAACAAUAGGGUCGCCUUGAACAACCACCGCAGCAUGGCCACUAAAACUAUAAAGUCCCGCCCCACCCUCUGGGGACCCAUUUCAUCCCCGAAUGAUGAGCUCAUUAGGCUGUCCAAACAGCUACCACACCACCGGUCUGAUCUCGUAAAGUUGGCCGCUUUCUCUCGUGAAUCAUUUAUCCUGACCCUCUGGAACAACGGGAUGAUGACGUGGGAGAAGUGGACAAAAGUUUAAAGCUUUGAGAGUUGAAAAACUUUAAAGUUCAAAAAAACAGAUGAACUACCAUGUGACUCCAUUGAAAUAUCUGCGAUCAAAAUUAUUUGAUGGAGACGCAUGGUAGUUCACAUAAAACAAAUUUUACCGUUCAAAAAGUUCAAAAGUUCAUCAUUUUACACAAAAUCCCACUGUACACCGUGUGCUUUCAUCAUCGCCCGAGCCCUAUUGGGAAAACCAUUAGACCUUGCAACAUUUUUGGCCCUUGGAGCCGGUUUUACGACGGUCGUGGCUUACGCGGUCACCCCGGGAACACGUGUUGGGCGACGUUUCUCGUUUACAUUUCACUUUCCACCGUCUCUCUCCUGGCGGGGUUUGUGUUUUCAUUUCGAGACCAAGCCCACCGUGAUGAUGGCCCAAAGGAAUUUUCAGCAACAUUUCUCGCCGUUUUGCGUUUUCUUGCCUGAGGCGGGCAGGUGGGAGGGGAGGUAUGCAAUUAAAAUGUUUACCUUUUUGGGGGCUUGAUUUUUCGGGCAAGCAUUUUUGGGAAUGUAAUAAAGACAUGUUGGUUAUUCGUUAAUUAACGUUAAGCAAACAGCGCAGUCGAGAUUCUUGGCAAAAAACUUGUAAAAAGAAUUGUUCAUUGAAAUUUUCGAAGUAUCAUCUAAUUUACACAUUGAAAAAAGAAACAAAGUAAACAAUUACUCUCUAUGCAAAUAUUGAUCCACUGCAUGUUCGCGCUUCAAAACUUGAUUUAAAACCCACAUCCGAUAGUUCAGUUUUCUCCCACCAGCCAACAAAAUAUUAUUUGCAUUUCUAAUGGAUUGUUGACCUAAACGAAAUGUUCGUUUCUACCCAUUUCCAGCAAUUCGCACAUUGACCCUCUAACGUCCAUAGUUGCAACAGUGCGCCACAAAAUUUUCACUUCAUUUUGAAAUUUCUCGAUAACUUUGGAUGAACAAUUCUCUACGAAAUCAGCUGAUUUGGACCUUUUUUAUAUUUUUGGCUCAAUCUUUGUCGGGGCCUUCCCUAUGACCAAAGAAGCUAUUUUGUGUCUGAAAAAAUAUAAUUCAACCCAAAAAUUAAGAACUUUUCGUCACAGUGUCCUGAUGCAAACAAUGAUCGAGCUCGAGCUGUCACAGCCCUGCGAAGUAUGUUGGCUGACAUAUCGAGUGAUCAGUCAAUAAAACCAGCUAGAAGUUGCCUGCCGAAAAAACUUUCGCUAGAAAUAGAUAGGAAACCUGAUGCAAACAAACCUUAAACUGCCAUGUAAACAUACUUUGAAUAUGUUGGUAAAUUUCUGACUAGAUAGCAUUAUAGGUUCACCCAUACAAGUCUCAACACAAUUAAAAAAAAUACGAAAAUGGUACGUAAAUAUUUGAAAAUCUGUGACUUUUGGAUGAAUUUUCUGAUCAAAAUUGAAGGCAAGAAAAAAAAAUCCGGAAUUUUUAACUAACUUUUUUCACAAAAACACAAUUUUCCAAAAUCCGUAUUUUAUGAUUUUCUGUUUUUUUAAGCCGCUGUAUCUCAGCAACCAGAUGUCCGAUCUUCAAUGUCUCUUGAACAAUUUCAUAGCAAAUUCACUCAUGGCAGGGUUGCCAGAUUUUGGCAGAUUUUUCACUUUCUGCCCAUUUUGAACAAUUUUUUGAUUAAAAUUAACAAAAAUAAUUGAAAAUAUAAAAAUAAGAAUUUGUUUUCCUCAAACAGAAUGUAAAUUCAACAUUUUUGAGGCCAUACAGUCAGCAAAACCAUCUGAAUUCUACAAAAUUUUGAAUAAAUUCAUAUCAUCCCUCAACUUCAACAUUGAGAAGCCAGAUUUUUCCUGAUUUUUUUUUUCAAUCUUCGCUAGAUUUUUCAAGUUUUGACCUGGUUACCCUGACUCAAGGUUUUAAAAAUCGAAAACUGCAAAUAUUUCGCUGAAAUCAAACUUUCGAUGGCUACAUCUUGAAAACGGAUACCUUUAUCAAAAAUCUGUGAAGUACUUUUCCAUUGCAAAUUCAAUUUUACAUUGAAAAAAAUUAGGUCAAGAAAUAAACUAAAGUUUGAGUUUAUUAUCCAAAAAUCACUAUUUUUUUCAAAAAGUCAUAACUCGAUAGCAGAAUUUUUACCCAUACUUCUCUAUGGCUUAAAAGUUACGGUUUGUUGUCCCCUGAAACAUAUAAAAAAAUGUCGAAAAUAAAAAAUUACGGAUUAAGGAAAAUUGAGUUUUUGUGAAAAAAAAUCGGGAAUUUUUUUUCCGCGUACCUUUUUUUUCUGAAUAGUCCUCAACAAUACAACAUUGCAGAAGACACCAAAUUGAUCAUAAAAUUCAUUCAAAAGUUACAGAUUUUGGAAUAUUUACGAACCAUUUUUUUAUGGACAGCUGCCAAAUUUGUAUGGAGACUUGUAUUGGUGAACCAAUCACACAAAAUAGCUUCUUUAGUACAGGAAAGGCCCCCAAAAAGUAUGAGCCAAAUAAAAAAAUACAAUUAAAAUUCAUUUCCGGUUUUGGUAGAGAAUUGCUCAUUUUUAACUGAAUCGUAGCAAGUCACAAAAUGUUCUGUUAUUCUCGUAGAAGAUUUGAAUUAAAUCAAAGUGGGAUUCUCGGAAAAAAAAUCAUUCGAUGACUGCACGGAGAAAAAUGGGUUCUUAAUAUUGUGAACAAGCGUUCAUGAAAAUUAGAACCUCAUACAAAGUGUUCAAAUUUCAUGAACACUUGUUCACGUUUUUGGAAAUUAUUUUUUCUCCGUGCGAAUUUGUUAGAAAAUUUUGGAAUUGAAGUUAUUCAGAAUAUGUUUCCUAAUUAUUUUUGAAUUUACUGUUAUACACUGCCCAUGAUCGCAUAAAUGUCCCAUAUGCAUUUUCAUCACUUUUGAGUUAUUGAUGCAGUUUGGUUCAAAAACGUGUGCUCUUUCAAAAGAGCAUAUAACAUCCAGUACUUUGUUCUGGAAAUCAGGAGGAAAUCCAGUUUUUUCGUGAAAACUUAACACGUAGCCUUAUGUGUGGGACAAACUUCAAAUGCGUUUUUCUCAGCUUGCUGUUUUUGCAUAUGGGACAUUUAUGUGAACAUGGGCAGUACAAAUCCUUUAACUUUUGUUGAAAACUACUCGCUUGAUUGUUUUCAAAACAUAUCAACCAAGUUCAGUUUGAUUGCAAGCCAUUUUGUUCAUAAAAUAAUCAAAUUUCUAAAUUUUUCAUUUAUGGUACACAGAAAAAAAUAAUGUAAAUUUGGAAGCUUUAAUUUUGAAAGGUUGAAUAUUACCUCUUUUAUGAUGUAAUUUUACCUCAAUUUAGACUGAAAAAGUGACAUUACAACAGAAAAGUGGUAAAAUUACACAUUUCCAGAGGUAAAAUUACACCUUUUUUCUGACAUAAAAGAUGUACCCCUUCCCAGAUGUAAUAUUACCAUGAUUUUUUUUUCUGUGUAAGCAAAGCACUGCAUUAAAUCUAGAAGAUUUAUUCCAAAACAGCUGUUUUUGGAACAUGGACAUCCCGCAAAACCCCUUUCCUUUCCCUCACACUUCAACAAGUCGCUAGCCGGGGCCGCCAUUUACGCACGAGUAGCGAGACCGGGUGACGAAAAUGUUUCCGGCAUUUUCCCGGAAGGACGACCAGACUAGCUUAUAUAAACGGGUUUACGAAAAACCCCCGCCUCCCGAACAAAGUUCUCUGCAGAUCGGGGGCUCUGCAGAUGGUCUUAUUUUUCCACGCCAGAUUGUUGCUCGACCGUCGCAUUGAUCUUCCCCGGGGGGACCCGCCAUCAUGCCUUGUACUGCUUUUUGUUGUUUGCAAUUUUUUGGUCGAUUUUUUUGCUGUUUCAAUGGGGAGGUUAUGUUCACUUUCAGCGUUCAGGGACUUGGGGAGAACACGUUAUUUUGCUACCAAAAAAAAAGGCAAAAAUGUUGUGCAGUGCCAGAAAGCAAUUAAAAAUGUUAAACCGGGAGCUGUCUAUAGCAGAGAUAUAGUUCGUUAGAUAUCAUUCUGUAGUUGUUGUGUAUAUUUUCCUGUGCUUACCCUCAGCUUAACUUGUCCUGCUAUCAUAAAUUUAAUCGCUUAUGUAGAUUUAUUGAAAUUGAUCGAAAUUUUAGUUUCAUUUCAUAAAGCUAUAAUUUAAAAUUAUUAUUUUUCGUCCAGUGUUGCCAAUUUUCGUAAACAUUUUUCAAAUUCAACAACUAAAGUUGCAUCAAAUCUUCAAUAUUACUCUAUGCAGUUGCAUCGGCAACUGGCCAUUCCCACAUUUUUGCAGUGCAGUAUUUUCGGAAGAGAAUUCCCACAAAGUGAAAAAUGCACACAAAAAACGCGUGGUUUCAUUUCGGUGCGUCUUUUCUGCACUGCCUGGCACGUGCCGUACCCCUUGAUGACGUCACAGAGCGCAGACACGUGCGCGCUCGUGCAACCCCUUGACCUUUUGUUCGGGUUGGGAAAAUCCGGAGCAAAAGCUGCUGGCGAGAGAAGGGGGGUGCUCUUGACGAUGGUUUGAUGAGGGCGGAUUUUCAAAAUUGGAGCUUUUUUGAUUUUUUAGUAAACUUCAUUUCUGGAGUUUUUUAAAAAAAAAAAGGUCCAAUAAGCCAUAUUUGCAAUUUUUGCUUUUUAUGUGCUUUUUAUUAUGGGUAUUAAAAAACACCCAAAAACAAAAACUGAAAAUUUGGUUUAUUGGACCUUUUAAAAAAAAACUCCACAUUUAGUAGGCAAAUUCAGCUUUAGCUGAUGAAAGCCACUUAUUUCGAGGAAGGAAACGAAAAGCGCUGCAAUAAAGGCCAUUGUUUGCGGGGUGAAAAGUUUUGGGAAUUUUAUCGGUUGCGAAAAGUGAGAGUUCAAACAACAGUGUGCUAAUAUGGUUUCCGCGGAAAAGGCUUCCAGCUUUGAUGCUGGCAACACGGCAAAGGAUUACGCUUCCGAGAAGCAAUUUCCAUUAUUCAUCUAGUAGCGUCUAAAAAUAUUUUAGGUCAAUCAACUGAAGGGCAUAUUUCAUUUUGGGAAACUUUGUUGACAAAAAAAACUUUUUCAAAAACUUGGAAACUGCCAAAGUGUUAAAGGUAAUGGAAUACCUUCUUGAUGAAAUCAAGCUACAAAUUGGAAUUAUGUGUGUGACCUGUGACGAUUAAAGCACUUUUAAUUAGGUAUAAAAUUUCGGUAGAUUUUGAUAAGACAGCAGCAAUUGUUAAACAUUUUUGUAGAUUUACAGCUUUGUAUUACGUGACAAGCCAGCAUGGUAGAAUGUUUUUUCAGGCCAAAAAGGUGUUUUAAAGCAGUUUUAAUUAGCGACACGACGACGACGACGUUAAUGGAAGCGUUCCAAGUUCAAACCCUCCUCCACACAAAAAGCAAGAUUACACACACACAUACUCCACUUAAGUCACAUACAUGCCUCUAAUGAUAAUCACAUACUGUAGAAUAAAGUAUUUCACAAACAUACCGACUGUAGUAAGCCCAAACACACAUUUAAACAAGUAACCAGUUUUUUAACAGAAAAUUAACUCUGGCGUGAUUUUUCAACGAGACUUAUGCAUCCUGCUCACAACUUAUGUUAAUUUUCAUUGGUGUGAGUGGUAAACACUGAACUCAAGGCAUUUGUCUUAAGGUGGUAUUAAACUGCGGGAAACUUUGUUUGCAAACUUGUCAAAGCUUUUGACAGUUUCCAACUUUGUUUACACACUCCACUACUGUGUAUUUCUGAGUGGAAUACCACUUUAAUAAAUAAGAAAUAAACGCCAGAGCUGCAAUCGCUGACAAGUACACAAGAAUUCUAACUAACAUACAUUCAACAAAAAAUCACAACAUACUCUAACUUGUAGACAAGCAACCACAUCUAGAAUAACAAAUUAGCCCUACCAAAGUAGAAGACUAUGGAGUUUAUCAAUCUACUAAGCAACAUUUUAAAAAUCACAAUUAACAGUUAAAGCAAAAGUGUGAAGGAAAGUGGUAAGUCGUGCCAAACAAGAACAGAAAACAGACGGACAUAAAUAUCUAAUCAAAUCCCAACAAAAAAAUCCACAUUAACAGGAUCGAACAACAGAAACAUUAACAUUAACAACAACCAAGCGGUAGGAUAGUGAUCAAAUUA